CUCGUCUUCAUUACCAGUCAUUCAUCAAAGAUCCAACUGCGCGUGCCCUCUGCUGUAGUUUCCUCGUAUCUUCAUUGACUCGGGCAAUGUCGGACAGAUACACACUUGCCGAAGUGCUCGCUGUCGCGCAAAUCCACCCUUUCUAUAAUGAAAAGGUUCAGUAUCCGCCGGAUACAGAGGCUAUUCAACAAGCCAGACUCCGUACAAUUGGGGCGACGGAUGUGAAUCUCCACAAACAGCCACUGCUGCAUAAGAAAGCCUUAUACAAGACGAUUAAGCGACUCACGCACGAUGUCACUCCGCAAAAUACAUACCGCCACGGCUCCUACGUUAGUAUCACGGGCAGAGGAUCAGGCGGGGUCCCCAUGAUAUUCGCCAUGGACAUGCCCGAGAAUCAACGACAGCGAGCCCAGAUGGGACAGUUCCUUCGACUAUGUCGUGUAGUUGAACCGGGCGAUUUCGUCCUCUCCAUCCACUUUUCAGGAUCUCUCGAUCUCAUGACCGAGAUCAUGGAAAAUGCCGGCGCCACGAUCCUCAGCGCCGGGAGCACCAUGCCGCCCGCAGAGGUCACCAAGGCUCUGGGCGACUACCACAUCAAUAUGCUGACUAGCGACGGCAGUAGGAUCAUCCAGGUAGUCUGCCACAUUACCAGCCUGCCCCAGGCCGAGCGUGCACGCAUCAGCCUCUCCAAGAUUAUUUACACCUCAGAGCCGCUCACGCGCGCACAGCGGGACCUAAUCAAGAGCACACUCGGGGACGCCAUCAAAAUCCACUCCGUCAUGGGUAACGCCGAGGCCGGGCCAUGGGCAAUCAGCAACCUUGGCAUCACAGGGGAACAGAGUUCCGACGGCGCUGCCACCAACUUCCUCAUCGACACACGCGACAUCCACAUUGAGAUUUUGCCUCGCUCUGCCGCCUCCACGGGAAACUGUAGUAGCGACGGCGCCGUCUCCCUCCCCGACGGGGCAACGGGCCUCAUAGUGCAGACCUCCCUCCAGCGGCUCCGCAACCCACUCCUCCGCUACGUCACAGGCGACAUCGGCUCCCUGCACACGGUUCCCGAUCACGCCGCGACGCUGAUCCCCGCCAGCGAGCGGAAGCACCUGCGCGUGCUGCGCCUGCACGGUCGCGACCGCCGGUUCAGUUUCAAGUGGGACGCGAUGUACUUCGACUUCGACAAGGUCGAGGCCGUCUUUGAAGCCCCCGAGUGUGGAAUCCUACAGUGGCAGGUCAUCCUCGGUGGGGCGGACGAGGACUCUCCCGUGGCGACGCUGGAGGUACGUGACCUGGUCGAUCGACUGAGGGGAUUUUGGGGCGUGUUGCCAGAGAAUGAGCAUUUGGUGCGGAUUGUCUUUGUGAAGGGGCUUGCGGAGUUUGAAACCAGUGCCACGGCGGGGAAGGUAAUUCGAUACCAGAAACAAUCAGUCCAAUCCCGCGCCUUGAACCCCGCCGACGCCAUCAGUCGGAUCGGAUUCCUCAUCCAGAAAUCCCUUACUUAUCGCGAUAGUGGACUGACGAUCUCCGCCAUCUUCAGCUCUUAUCACGACAUCGUCAGCAAAUGA